UCAAGCAAAAGCGACAACUAUUGCGAAUUCCCUUCCACAAGCAAUGAAAUGCUUGUUGAAUUGGAGGACGUUAAACUCGAUGUAACAAUUACUGAGAAAGAUAUUCGUGAUAACAAACAUAGCAUUAAAAACGUUGAAGAUUGCCUUGAUAAAGUAGUUGGUAAAUUAAACAUUAUUAACCAACAGUUCGAUGUAUUUAGGGCAGAGUUUCAGUUGUUGAAAAACCAACAUACGAUUCAAUAUUCGCCUAAAGCUGUCGAAUAUUCAAAUUUGGACAACCAAAACACCUCCGGAUUGCAAAAACGUCAUGAGGAAAACAAUAACAUAAUAGGAUCGAAUCUAAAUGAUGACAUUGUAAUGAGUCGUAAUGAUGCAUUACAAUCUCUGGUAAAUUUGCGGUCUGAGUGGCUUUCCAAUGUUUGUUAUGAUACUCAAUUAAAGCGUCUUGAAAGGGAACUGCAUGAUGAACAAGAUAAAACCAAGCAACUUGAAUCUGAGCUAACGGUUGCCGAAACAAAAAUCUUACAACUCGAACAGACACUAAACCUACACGAGUUAGAACAAAAGAGUGAAGAAACUGACAAUGGGCUUUGUCAUGAUCAUUCCUGCAUUAUUAUGGAGACACUUAGUACUAAUUGCAUUAGAAAUCAACACGCGCCUUCGACUCAAGAGAAUACCUGUACUAAUAAAUAUAUCACAUCUAAAGAAUUACCACCUAUAACCCUCGAAUACCACCAAAACAAGUUGAUAAGCAGGAGCCUCAAAAACAUGCUGGUCAAGUAA